AUGGUCACCAAGAGCAUGGUCAUGAUAGUCAUGAUGGUCACCAUGAUCCUGGUCACCACAAUCAUGGAUCAUGGUUAUGAUGGACACAAUGAUCAUGGUCAUGGUAGCCACCUUGAUCUAAGUAACGAUGGUCACCAUGAUCAUGGUUAUGAUGGUCACCAUGAUCAAGGUCAUGAUGAUCAACACGAUCAUGAUUAUGAUGGUCAGCAUGAUCAUUAUCACCAAGACCAUGUUCAUGAUAGUCGUCAUGGUCACCAUAAUCAUGGUUAUGAUAGUCAUGAUGGUGACUAUGACCAUUGUCAUGACGGUCACCAUGAUCUUAGUCAUGAUAGUCACCAUGAUCGAGUCACGAUGGUCACGACGAUCAUAGAUCAUGCUCAUAACGGUCAUUAUUAUCAUGGUCAUGAUGGUCAUGCUGGUCACUAUGAUCUUGGUAUUGAUGAUCAGCAUGAUCAUGGUCAUGAUGGUCAGCAUGACCAUGGACAUGAUUGUCAGCAUUUCAUGGAUUUGAUAGUCACCAUAAUCAUGGUCAUAAAUCAUGAUAGUCACAAUGAUCAGAGUCAUGAUUGUCGCCAUGAUCAUGGUCAUGAUGAUCACCACAAUCAUGAUUAUAAUGGUCAGCAUGAUCAUGGUCACCAUAAUUAUGAUCCUGUUGGUCACCGUGACCAUGGUCAUGAUGGUCGUGGUAGUCACUAUGAUCAUGGUGAUGAUGGUCACUAA